CAGAGUGCUUAGGCAGUGCAUGGACAGAUGCAGACUGAGAGAAGACGGCGGCGAAACCAGCCGCACAUUUACGGUGGCGAUGCUGUGCGGUUGGUUAGUAGCCUUCAAACUUUGAGCCACUAUUUUAUGCAUCUCCUCACAUUUCAAGUUAAGUGUGAUGUUUUGGCUGCACGCUGAAAAUUCGCUCUCCGCACCAACAGUGACACAUCCUCCCAGGAGUGAUGGGCUCUAAGUUGACCAGACAGAGAAGUCUCGAUUUUGAUAGCAAAUUGUCAAAAAGGAGACGCCAGAGGAAUGAUAUUCCUGGAGAGAGCGAGAGGAGUGGCGGCAGGAGCGGAGACUUCUUGUUUACCUCCCUGAUGCUCAAGUCCGACAAGCUUCCAGGGAUGCUGCGGAAAACCAACCACAGCCCAUAUGUCAGGCGGGUGGCUUGGGUCCGGGAAAUCCAGAGGCUUCUCCGGGAGCAGAAGAUGGAGCAAGCGGCCGAAGUGCUGAAAGUGCUGAGAAAGGAUUUGGGACUUCAGGGAACGUCACUCAAUGACAUUUUGUACAAAAAUGCAGCGUUUCUAAACCUGGUGGACCCCAUUUCCCAUGAAUUGCUGCUCAGCCUUGCCCGGGACCUGCAGUGUCCAAAAAGGGAGACUGACUCGUUCAAGUCUACUAACAAGAUAUGUCGCCAACUGAUUUACCACCUGACCCCUCACUCCAAGUGGACAAGACAGAGCGUUCCCAGGAGAAAGUCCCAGGCCUGCCUGAAGACCACGCUGAAAAAGAAGCUUUCGGGAGACGUGGUCAACCUGUCGGGAAUCCCGCUCUCCGGCCGGGAUGUCCACCGCGUGGCCUUCUACCUUCAGAGCAGCAGUGACAUGGUGUCCGCCGUAGACCUGAGCUUCACUGAACUGCAGGAUGAGAGCUUACGCAUGCUGCUGCCCUACCUCAGCUGCUUGCCGAAACUCACCAUACUUGCUGUUAAUGGCAACCGUCUGACAGCGGCCAUCCUGAAAGACCUGACAGAUGUAAUGAAGGAGCCCAAGAAGUUCCCCACGCUGGCCUGGAUUGACUUGGGGAACAAUGUGGAUAUCUUCACCAUCCCGCAGCCGCUGCUCGUGGCGCUGCGGCGCCGCUUCGGUUUACGCAGCAGCCUCCCCACCAUCUACGAGUACAGUGAGGCGCAGGCAUUCGGUAGCUAUAACCCGAACAUGGAGACCUCUGUGGAGGAGCCUAGUCUGUACGAGGAGGGAGAUAUAGUAGAAGAUGAUAGAGAGGAGGAGGAGGAGGAGGACAGACUGGAGCUUCAAGCCUGGGGCUUUGGAGAAGAAAGCAUGUCAAAAAAUGUGCCGGUGCACUUCUGUGGGAGGUGAUCGCCCAGAGCUGCUUUCUUUUUGACUGGCAGCCUUGCAUAUCCCUCUGUAUCACCUUGCUCCUCCUGCGUUAGCCGAUGUCAGUGUGGUAGAAGAUGCUUACAGUGACCCACACGUUUCUGAAAAUAACUUUAAAAUAAGUAAAUGUGCUGUAGUCCCUCUGGAUGCUCUGACUACUGAAAUUAAAUGUGAGAAUAUGUUUGUGGACUGAUUUAUCCUUCAUUUAUCCAGGGGAGUCUGAACUGAUCCAGCUUCCAGCGCUUCAUCUUACUGAAGUUGUGUGCUUGUCCCACUUGGAAGCUGGAGCAGCUGUGGAUUAAGUGCCUUGCACGAGGGCACAUCAGCAGUAGCUGCUGAGGAAGAGGGGAGUGUUAUUAAUUCACUUUCUCUAAGCACAUCCUUUCUUUUUUCCAUUCCUUGCCUGAAUAUGUCAGGGUCUGAUAUAUAUGUAAGUAACUAUAUAUCCUGCAUAGGAAACACUUAAGAAACAGGAACAUUUAACUUACUUAGAGAAGAAAGAGUGUGGAAAGUAUAAGCAACAAGUUGACUGUAAUGAGUCGUUCAUCAGCACUCCUGAUCCAAGACUGUACACUAGAGCCAGCUGGAGACACUAUAUUAGUGAUUAGUUCAUAAUUAUCCAUAAAGUGAGGAGUUUGAUUGAAACACAAAGUGAUAGAGUAGUCAUGAGGAACUGCUGAGGCCACACAGACAGAGUAACAAAUGUUAAAUAUUAAUUUGAUUUUUAGUAAUGAAUGAGCAGUUAUUGUUUUGGGUUGAUGAAUAUUUGGAUCAGAGUUGAUGAAUUUAUGUAUGAUUAUGAACCAGUCCUCCUCCUCCUCCUCCUCCUCCCCCUCCUCCAUCCCACCCAAUCCCUAACAUCCUGUCACACCAACCCUCUGCAAUUACUCCUUCACUACAUCUUUGAAUCUCUUUUGUGGUUUUCCUCUUUUCCUCCUCCCUGGCAGCUCCAUCAUUAGCAUCCUUUGUCCAUUAUCUCCACUAUCCCUCCUCUGCACAUGUCCAAACCAUCUCAGUAUUGCCUCUCUAACUUUGUCUCCAAACUAUGAGUACCACCAUCUCCAAGUCAUACACCACCGCAGGUCUCACUACCUUCCUGUAAACUUUCCUUUUGACUCUCGCUGCUAUCCUUCUGGCACUCAUCUCCACCCUGCCUGCACCCUCUUCUUCACCUCUCUUGUGCACUGCCUCUCUCUUUGGAUGGUUACCCCCAGGUGUUUCACCUAAUGAUACACUAAUAUAGUAUUUUCCAGCUGGUUCUGUAGGAAGUAAUUGUCAGAAGUUCGGGUGGGAGAGCACUGAUGAACGACUGAUUACAUAUCGGUUCAUUCCUGAGUCAUUCCUCUCUUGUUCUAACUAAGCAAGUUUUUUUCUGCCCUUUAUUGUAAAAUCUUAGAGCUUUUUUGUGAUAUGUAUGUUUUAUCUGGAAAUAAAUAAAAGUAAUUCUGUUUUCAUUCAAUAUGAUUUCAGUUUUGCUACAGCUGGGACUCUGCAUUUAUUCAGGAGUUAUUUUAUUAAAUCCACGAUCAGUUAUGAUAAGCUAAUAAAGCAUACUGAAUGAUGCUUCAAGUCCGUGCCGAUGUGCCGACAGAAGCCCUGAUGCACGCAUGGACACAUGCUGGCAGGAGCACACAGAGUUUGGGCGUGAGCUGCUGAUGAACUGGUUACUGCCUCUAUCAGGGCUCGUUAUGCCCCUUAAGUCAGAGACGGUGUACAGAGGAUCUAUUUUUUUCUCAGCAAAUAGGACUGUAGCCCCAGAUCAUUUCGUCCAAUGGCGAUCAUCGAAUGAUUCCGUUUAUGAAUCAGACAACAAGAAACGAGAAGGAAACCGCCUAUUUUGAAGAUGUUCUCACAGUUUUGUAGACUACAAGCAGUUCUGCUUUUUCUUUCCCUUUCUGCUGUUACGCUCCCACGGACAGAUCAGAUUUUGUUGUGGCAUGAGUUUUGUUUGUUUGUUUUUAUAUAUAUGGGUGGCUGCCACCCUUUUGUAUUGGUUUUAACAAGUGGGCAUGACUGUUUACUGUAACACAGCAUCAGAACCCGCAGACAGAUAGCAUCUACGUGUGCACUACAUUUCCAAAUACAUUUCGAAUUCUUUUGAAUGGGAAGGUUGAUGAUUUUUUUUUUAAAAACUGCUGUCUGUGAAUACAGCUCACACUUUAUCCUACCAGUAUUAAUGUGGUCUGUUCUCUGUCAGUGCUGUUAUUCACGAAAUUCAGAGUAUUUGUGUUUACAGGGGGACAUUAAUGAAAUGGAUCCUUGGCUUUUGUGUGUCUGUGAGAUGGUAAUUAGACUGUGUGCACGAGUGUGUUUUGAACAUGCAGAGUAAAUUACUACCUUUGAUCACAGAAAUGAAAUGUUUACUCAUUUGCACAACUCCGUCCCUGAAUUUGCAAUCUUUCCUGUUUUUAUUGUUGAUAUAAAAAUAAACGAGUGACUCAGCUGCAUAGCAGAAAUGAAAAUCUGUCCACAUCCUCGAUUUGAUAGAUAAGACGUUGACCUUCCUGGAAAUUCACUGCGGUAAAGUCGUUUGAAAGUUUACUCAAAUUUGACUUUGGCUCGCGAGCUCUUGGCUCCAUUCUAAGGUGAAAGUGAUGUCGGCCUGCUGUUCCUUCAGAAGUAAACACAGUUUGAAUAACAUUUCCCUUUUGUGGACUUGUUUCUCGCUAAAGUGAGAAAUAAUUCUGUUUGGUGAAGCAUCUGGAUCGCUCUGCUUACAUAGUUUGUCUCCUUAAGAAGAAGGAGAGCAAUCGCCCUUAUUUACUCUGAUACUAGUCAUUCCUUUACCGUGUACCCACAUCCAUCCACGCUAACUUUGUCAAGCUGCAGUUUUGACAGCUCGCUUGUCUAGUUUAGAACAGGGGUGGAAAAUCAAAACAGGGCACUCAUGGGAACGUGUAACCAGUAUAAUCACUGGUUCGUUAACACAACGGAUCGGUUUCACACCAUAAACAUUCAUUCGUUACUCUGUAGUAACACUAAACAGUCUCUCUUUGUUUUAAGCUUGCCAUGGGAAAACAUACCCACAUUUCUGUUUUUCAGGUUUUACCGGUGCUUUAUACUCUGUCAUUCUUAUAACUGGGAAAUUUACUCAUCUGACUGGAAAGAUGUGUGUCAGAUCUAUGGGGGCAUAAGGUAUAUUUGAUGUUUGUAUUUUUAUGACAUGCACGUAUAUAUAUAUAUGCUUUAAAGAGAUAUAUUCCUCCCACCACAAGUUGCACCUAAGUCACGCUGCCUGGAAAGCACAUGCGUACUCUCAUUCAUCAGGAAUACUUUAAACAUUUUCAAGGGGCUCCAAUUUCAGCAGCUGGUUUCCAUGUCAGUUUUUAGUGCUGCGUAGAGAUGAGAACGGUUCCUUGUACAGGCCUGUCAGAGGCACCACCGUAUCAACAUCCUGAUGGCUAGUUGUGGCUCUGCUUGCAAGGCAUUUUUAUGUUUGCAGGAACAGAGCCUGAGGCUGUCCAUCUGUGAUUCCAGUCUGUCCUUCUAAAGGAAACACAGGAGUGUCAGAUAACAGAGGAUGUUGUUCUGGUUUGUAGAGGACGCCGAAACACUAUGCAGAGUGCACCUCUGGAGCCUCACAUCUGUGCAGUUUGUGACACUUGACUACUGUCUCAAAAAUCAUAGUGGACAAUAAUAAAGUAUAUUUACUUAUUGUAAAUACU